UGUCCAAAUUCCCAUCAAAGAUAAUGUUUUUUGGACUAUUCUAAAUAUGUGGUAAAUUAAGUUAAGGCUCUCAAGCUUAAUUAGAGUGGCCAACCAAAUUUAACUGAAGAGGAGAGGGAGAAGAAAUAGAAAGGGAUGAUUAAGAAGGUUGUAGUUGUAGUUUAGGUGAUUAAGGACUCGUAAUGAUUUUUAAGGUAUGAAUUUGGUGUUCCAUUGAGAGCCCUGUAAGUUCAUAACACAUUACUUGGGUUGUGUCAUUGUGAUUAUAAAAGAGAGCGAGAUUAAAUCGUUUCUAAUGAGUGAAAGUGUAUUAUCAUUUCGUGAAAAGAGAAUUUUUAUUGAAAGUUGGCUCAAAUUCACCAAAUUCAGCUUGUUUAAGCAACAUACUUUUCACAAUACUAGUAAAAAUAUUGUAGAUUUAUUUUGCAUUUUCAAAACACAUAAUUUUAAAUCCUAAUAAUAAAUGGCAUGUAACUGACAAUUAAUCUUAUUUCCACCGUAUCAAUAUUAUGAUGUAUGACUCAAAAUGUUAGUUCAAUCUAUUUUUGGUUGCUCCCUUAUUGGUGUAAUUGGUUGGACAUUGGAUGAUUUAUUUGAUUGACGAAUGACGACACAUAACCAUAGAUUUAAUUCUCAUUCAUCGAGAACAAAACAAAGAUAUGAUGAUUACCCACCUAAAGCAACGAAAUAAAUUGGCUUCAUUUCCGUACCUUUUUCUCCCUUUUCUAGGGCCAUUUCUUACUUUGUUUUCUGUCUCCCCCGGAAAGGAAGAGCUUCCACUUCAGAUUUCACCUCUCCUCUUCCGAAAGAAAAAUAUCACAAACCAAAAAGCUCCCCUCCCUUCUGUUCACCAACAGUGAUCACAGUAAGCUCCGAAUUCCCGGCGCACUAUUCACGAUUACGCCUCUCUUUCUCUCGGCCCUCCACAUUCCUUUUCCUCGUGAGAAGCUUCUCUCGCGAGUUCCGUUCUUUGCGCGUGAACGGAAACGGGCACGCGUUCGGCACUCCGUCGGCGGGAGCGAUGGCGGCGGAAUGUUGAGUAAAUCGACGAUGGCGGUAGUAGCGUUAGGGUUAAGAAUAGAUGGGAGUCGGAAUGGCCAAGGAGGCGUCGAGGUUUAUUAGCUCGAUACCGCCGGCUAACCUGGCGCUUUUACAGCAACCGAACGGUAAAGUGAGCACCACAGGCGGCGGAGGAGGAAAGGUUCAGAGUGUUCUUCAUCAGCAGCAGCAGCAGCAUAAUGAGUGGUGCUGGUGGCGAGGGAGGUGGAGAUCCUCGGCCGCACAGGGACUGAUGCAGCGGAGGAAGAUCCCGUGGUCGUUAAUCUGCGGCUUGAUGCUGUUCGCGCUCGGGAUGGUUUCGCUCUUCACUGGACACAUGGCCUCUGAUCUCGAGUGGUACUCUCAGCGACUUGUAAAGCGUAGCCUCUACUCCAGAUUCAGUGUUAUUCGACGAGAGCCUAUCGAUAUUUGGAGAUCUAAGUACUCGAAAAUGUUCUAUGGAUGCAGUGAAAGAGGCCGUAAAUAUGCUCCUGCCACAUCUGAACGGAAAUCAAAUGGAUAUCUUCUUAUAGCAGCAAGUGGAGGACUAAAUCAAGAAAGAACAGGAAUAACCGAUGCUGUAGUUGUGGCGAGGUUUCUUAAUGCUACAUUAGUUGUUCCUGAAUUGGAUCACCAUUCUUAUUGGAAAGAUGAUAGUGAUUUUGUUGAUAUAUUCGAUGUUGAUUGGUUCAUCUCGUACCUUACAAAAGAUGUCACAAUUGUUAAAAGAGUUCCAGAUAAAGUUAUGCGAUCAAUGGAUAAGCCUCCAUAUACAAUGCGGGUACCCAGAAAGUCCCCACCCGAAUAUUAUAUGGACCAAGUUUUACCUAUAUUAUUAAGGAGACAAGUUGUGCAGUUGACAAAGUUUGAUUAUAGGCUUGGCUAUGAGCUUGAUGAAGAAUUGCAGAAGUUGCGGUGUCGUGUUAACUAUCAUGCUCUGAGAUUCACAAAGCCAAUACGUGAAGUUGGCCAAAAGAUUGUUAUGAAAAUGAAAACAAUGGCUACACGUUUCAUUGCUAUUCACUUGAGAUUUGAACCUGAUAUGCUUGCCUUUUCUGGAUGCUACUUUGGAGGUGGUGACAAAGAAAGAUUUGAGCUGAGUCAAAUAAGAAAAAGAUGGGACACAUUGCCGGAUCUAAGUCCUGAAGACGAGAGGGCGAGAGGGAAAUGUCCACUCACUCCUCAUGAAGUAGGAUUGAUGCUUCGUGCAUUGGGCUUUGCUAAUGACACAUACCUCUAUGUUGCAUCUGGAGAAAUAUACGGAGGAGAAGAAACCCUGCGACCCCUUAAAGAACUGUUCCCGAACUUUUACACCAAGGAGAUGCUUGCGGACCAAGAUCUGAAACCUUUACUUCCUUACUCUUCCCGCUUGGCUGCUGUGGACUACAUUGUCUGCGACGAGAGUGAUGUCUUUGUCACAAACAACAACGGAAACAUGGCUAAGAUUCUUGCUGGGCGAAGGAGGUACGCAGGUCACAAGAGGACUAUUCGCCCGAAUGCUAAAAGGCUGAGCGCAUUGUUCCUGAAAAGACAGAAAAUGGAUUGGGAAACCUUCUCCAAAAAGGUAAAGUCAUGCCAGAGAGGGUUCAUGGGAGAACCAGAUGACGCAAAACCUAGUAAGAGCGAGUUUCAUGAACACCCUGCUUCUUGUAUCUGCGAGAAGCCAUUCACCGAGGACGGUAACUUCAAGGAAGAGCCUACUUACUCACAGAACCGGUCGUCUCUCAACCCAAACGCACGACCGCAGAAAUAACGGGAAUCUGUCUUCAAGAGAUGCUAAGGAUGAUAUUGAAGGAAGAUCUGAUGCUGAUGAAAUGACACGGCAGGAGUAGCAAACUGUUUUUUGCCAAGACACUUAUGAUUCCCACAUUCCAACUCGACAUACAGACGACUGUCGUUACCAGCGAGAACUCAUUCUCGUCACCAUGAGCAAGAGACUACCUACUGAAGAGGCUGUCAUGGUCUUCCUCUUCUGCUGGUGCUUAGCUUCUGUAGACACAUUAGAACCUCAAAGGAUGAUUGGUUGUACAGGAGAAGACUUUCAGUGAGUUGCAACUGUUCAUAAAAUUAGCUUUUGGUAGGCAAAACGUUGUGACGCUUGCUACAAAGAUUGAAGUUAGUGGUUUAUUUUUGGGGUUCUCUUCGGAAGUGAAGGAUUAGUUAGGAGGCACUGUUCAUAUAUGCUCUUCUGCUUGAGAAAUGCCUCAUCAAAGAUGUGUUCCUCAUUGUACCUUCUAUGCUUAAAUCAGCCAUAUAUAUUGGUUUCGCCAACUGGGUGCUCGGUGUGUCGCCAAAUCGUUAUUGGUAGAAGCGUUGUGCGAGUUGCCGAAUACGCCCAAGCUACUCCUACAAGGACAUUUCUCACAUACAAAAGCACACUAUUAACGAGCGAGGCAACAGCAGCCUAAACCUAGUCAAAUCGUUAAUCUGAGAUAUGAACAUCCUAUCCUAACUCCCCACCACCACCAAAACCAAAGCACUUAAUAUCUUUACAUAACUUACUUAACAAAGGGAGAGCAAGAAU